UUCCCGUCAGUCGCCGUCUACUAGGUGCAAGGUACGAGGAAGAAACCACCUACUUUCAAAGUAGGAGUGACCGGAGUAAAUUUAAGGAAAGCGAGAGUGACUUGUACCGUCCGUAUUUCUUUACAAGUCAGACUUCCUGGACACAACUCCUCAAUGUGUGAGACAGAUCGGUAGCAGCAGUUUUCAUUUUUAGUCAGUUUUGGGAAGAGGAAGUUCAUCCAGUUUUCCGUCAUGAAUCGUCAGACCAGUUUUGCGCGCUGGGUGCAGGGCCAGAAGGAAAACCAGUCUCACAGUCGAAACAUGAACAAGCAGUGGGUUCAUCCUCCAGAAGCUCUCCUCAGAGGGCAUAUAGUCUACAAUGUCAAAUAUCUUGGAGGAUGUGGAGUGGAAACAGCCAAGGGGUCUGAUGUAGUCAAGGAUGCAAUUAGGAAAAUGAAGUUCAACAAACAGUUAAAGAAGUCAGAAGGCAUCAAGCCAGCCAAGGUGGAGCUGACAAUAUCCGUGGACGGGGUGACCAUUCAGGAUCCUAAAACCAAAAUUAUCAAGCACCAGUAUCCUCUGCAUCGUAUCUCUUACUGCGCAGAUGACAAGUCAGACAAGAGGAUGUUCACCUUCAUUGCCAAGGAGGCGGACUCACAGGAUCACACUUGUCACGUGUUUGACAGCGAGAAAUGUUCUGAAGAGAUCACUCUGACAGUGGGGCAAGCAUUUGACCUCGCCUACAGAAAAUUUCUGGAGUCUUCAGGACGCGACAUGGAUCUCAAGAAACAGUUCUUGCUGCUGCAAAAGAAGGUCCAGGCACUGUCCCAUGAAAACCAGGAACUGAAGACCAGGAUCCAGGAACUGGAAGGCAUGAAGGACAGAGACGAGAUCCAGAGAUACAUGGAGCAGAACCAUUCUAUCACGCCAGCCUCACCAGUGUCUCCAGCUGACUUGAUUGAUUACAAUUUUUAUUUCGGUCACCAUAGUGACCUGAGCACUGUGGCAACAGAGGCCACAGAGACCAAUGCCGAGAACAACCACCGCGAGGUCCCCACGGUGGGCCGGAGACUGGAAGGGCUGAUAUUUGAAGAUGACUUUGUGCCUCAGACCAAUGGCAGCGCUACUCCUAAUACUAGUCAGUCGUCCCCCAGUCAGUUACCAAUAUUGUCCCCACCCCCCAGCACUGGGAAGAGACCUCAUCAUGGCACACCCACCUCACCAGCCAGUACUUCUAAUAACCAAGAUUUAUUGGGCUCCAACCCCUUCACCUCACCAAGCAGCAAUGUAUCUGGUGGAGAGGAUCCAUUUGGUAUGGGGGCCUUCAACCCUAGCGCCAAGGACCUUGACCAUGCUAUCAUGAAGGUUGACAAAGAACUGUUGGACUUACAGGCUGGCUUCAGUCAAGGAUUGUCCUUUGGCACACAUGACUUUAAUCUGGAUGAUCUAGACCCCUUGAACAAGAAGUAAAAUAUAACUGUAAAAGUUCUGUCUGCUUACAUUAUGCAUGCUGACAAUUCUAUCAGCAACAAAGACUUAAAAGGACUGCUGCUGUUGCAGUGCAUGAGAAUGGUUAAAUUGAAUGGGGUAACCUUGACCUUGAACACCUUAACAGGAGGCUGGUGACCUUGACCUCUGACCCAUUUACUGAUAUCAUGAACACCGACUGCUGCAUUAACCAAGAUUGAGGGCUGGGGAUGUUUAUCUUAACAUGGUCAAGAAAUAAAGUUGAUCCUAUUGCCAAUCAUGACAAACUGACAAGAUUUCUCACUUUGUCAUAAUGGCCUUCAGCGGAUGACCCACUGACCAUUAGUGACCUUGAACUUCAUGAACUUGACCUUGAUAAUCUUUCAGUAAAUAUAAGCAAGCAGAAAUUCAAAUCACAUAUCAACUGAAAUGAUGCUCAAGGUGUGUGAAAAUGAGACCAUAAGGAGGGAAGCGAGUGUCACCGUGAGGGAACCUCUUAGCAGUGUGAAACAUUAUCACAUUAAGACAGACUACGUGGGUGCAGUUGACUUCAGAGACUUGGAGAUGCCCCCUGCUGUAACCUUGUACCUCCAUUGUUUACUUUUGAUAGGAGAUAUAACAGAAAUGUAAACACUUGUCCAAUGCACUUACUUCAGAGGAUAUUUGAGUAUUAU